CAAUUCUCUACUUUCCAUUAAAGUUUAGUUUUUAAGUAAGCAAUGUGUAAUGUGUGAGAGGUUGUGUGUGUGAGAGAGAAAAAGAAGAUAAGUGAGAGAGAGAGAAAGAGAGAGAAAGAGAAAUGAAGUUCUUGUUCCAGUGUCCAUGUUGUUCUUGCUUCUGCUUCAUGAAACCAAAGCCGGGCAAACCAAAAGCUGUUGGAGAUGUAAAACCAAAGGAAGAGAAGAAGAAAGAGGUGAAGAAAGAGGAGAUCAAGAAAGAGGAGAAGAAAGAAGAGAAGAAAGAGGAGAAGAAGGAGACCAAAGUUGAAAAGGCCGAGUGAAAAUUCUACAUUGAAAAAAAUGUAAUUAAUUAUCCCAUUUUCAUUUUUAAUUUCUAUGCUAUUUGAUAAUUAUGAAUGCUCAAGUAAUAACAUGUAAUUCUUAUGGUUUAGUAAUUUUUGUUUUCUACCUAUCAUGGUAUAGUUCGAUCUCUUAUAUUAUAUCAAUGUGGCUUGUUCGGAUCUACUCCUUCUGAUCAAUAUUUUGAAGAUUAUGUUUA